AUGGCCGCCGCUCUCAGGAUGAAACUGGAGAACCUCCCUCAACUCGAUAUCCAGAACCUCAAAAGCCUUCACACUUCGCAAAACAAACGACAGUCGUUGGAAGUGAAUUCUGCAAACUCUUCUCGCUCUGCUCACUCCUUCAGCUCCAGACAGUCGGACGACACCGAUGCCACAGACCUCACUGUGACCCCUAACCGUUCGCGCGCCAGUACAUUUGACAAUGCGGAAAGAAUCACAUCUCCCCUUGUCCAGACAGCCCAAUGCAAGCCUCCACUACGCGUGGUCCUGGGCACCGCCUCAAUGGGCUCUCACCUCUCGCCGCUGGCCAAAAUCACCACGGUCGAAGAUGCCAACAAGUUUGUCAACCUCUUCCGUUCACGAGGUUAUGCCGACGUGGACACUGCGCGGGCAUACCCGGUAGGCCGAGGCGGCACCUGUGAGCAACUCUUGGGCGAGGAAGCCCUUCGAUUGUCCAAGUGGGCCAAUGUCUCCACAAAAGUCGCCAGCUUCAUGCCUGGAUCUCAUCGGGCGAAGAACAUUGCCACGAGUAUUGACAGAUCCCUCGACGCCCUGAAUCUGGAUAUGGUCGACAUCAUGUAUCUGCACGCUCCAGACCGGUUCACACCAUUUGAGGAGACAUGUGAGGCCAUGAACACGGCAUAUCUCGAAGGCAAAUUUGAAAGAUUCGGUCUAUCCAACUACUCGGUCGAGCAAGUCGAGGAGAUUGUCAGGAUCUGCGAAGAAAAGGGCUAUGUCAAGCCAUCAGUCUACCAAGGCCAGUACAACCCUAUCUGCCGGGGUGGUGAAGAACGUCUCUUUGCCGUCCUCCGCGAACACAACAUCGCGUUCUACGCCUACAGCCCCUCGGCUUGUGGCUUCUUCUCCAAUAAGGUGACACGCGCAUCUACCACGGACAAAGACAGCCGCUGGAACAUCGCUUCACCCCUGGGAGCCAAGUAUGCCGGUGACUACUUCCACGAUCCCCUAUUCGAGGCCGCCGAGGUUGUUCGCCAACAAGCUAGGAAAUUCGGCAUCUCUGGCCACGCCGCCGCGCUUCGCUGGACUACCUGGCACUCUCAAUUGGGCGCUGAGUAUGGUGACGCCGUCAUCAUUGGUGCGUCGAAACUGUCUCAACUCCAGGAAAACAUGAACAUCCUCGAACAAGGGCCACUUCCCGAGGCCCUUGUGGAAACCUUGAAUGGGGUUUGGGAGGGCGUCAAAACUUUUGACAAGGGUCCUCGCUUCUCCUUUGUCUGA